UUUUUGUGUAUUUUCUAUUCUAUGUUCACUUUAUUUCGGAAACCAUGGAAGAGUAUGAGAAUAUAUACAAACACUUAUGUCGUGUGUGUUUAAAACAAAAUAAUGAACAAAAUAUGGUUUCUUUAUUAGAUUUUACCAGCAUUGACGGCUUAAGUUGCUUUGGCAAAGCCAUUCUAACCUUCGCGAGUGUUGACAUCCAAUCGAACAAUGUUUUUCCUACUUUGAUAUGUAACGACUGUUUAUAUUGCCUAAAACAAGCUAUUUCUUUUAAACUAAAGUGCGAAACAAGUGAUAAACAGCUUAAAAAGUUGGCAAAUCAGUGUUUUUCUGAGACUGAAAUCAAAACAAAAGUCGUCGAAUAUGCAAUGUUUCAAAGUUAUUUUACUAACGAAGAUCUGCGAGGGUGUUCAAGUUCUGACGUGAAACGUGAAGUAAAGCCCAAGUUAUUCAUGCAGAACAUCGCUGGAAUAGAUAAUCUGGAUAUGGAAUUACCUGCGUCUCAAUACAGUUUCAGUGAUAAUUUUCCGGAUAUAUCAGAUGAAUAUGGUUCUAAUCCACCUUAUCCCGAUAAAAAACCUACUCAAUCACGAGAGGCAGAUGUCAUUCUGGACCGCAUUGAAAAACUGAUAGGCUCACGCGCAGAUAUAUCAUCAAUAGAAUUUAAGAAAUGUUUUAAAAAACAAACUUUCAAGCGGCAUAAAAAACUCGCUCGAAGACAACAAAUGCAACUUCAAAGUAUAGACUCAUUUAACUGUAAUGUUUGCCACAGAGUCUUGGCUAACAAACAUUCAUAUGAUAAUCACAUGCAGAGACACAAUGGGUGUAGAUUUGUCUGUGAACAUUGUGGCAAGGGGUUUCCAGUGCUUACUGAGCUACAAGUACAUCAGGUGUCUGUCCACGGUACUGGACCAUACCUACAGUGCCGCCAGUGCCCAUACAAAGCUCCACGCAAGUUUAGUCUGACUGAGCAUGAAAGGAUACACACUGGUGAACGUCCAUACACUUGUGAAAAGUGUGGUUUAACAUUCCGGAGAAGAUUUGUAUGGAAGAAGCAUCUCAUCUACCAUAACGAGAAAACUAUUCAAUGCAGUUUAUGCCCCCGUAAAUUCUAUCUGCGGAGUGAGAUGUUAGCGCAUUGUAAUAAUGUUCACGAGAGGAUGUAUGUGUACUUGUGUAAUAAAUGUGGAGCCACCUAUGCAAAGGCUGCUACGGUCAGGCGGCAUUUAACAGAAAGACAUGGAGUGCCAAGAGAAGAGCAAGGCAAGGUAAUUAGGAUUAAUAAAGGGAAGGGUGACUUCCCAGAAUAAAUUACACAGUGCCAGAGUGAAUUA